UCUCCCACCCUUUCUCUCCCUCUCUAUCUCCGAGCAAUAAUUUGCCAGUCCCAGACAUCAAAGUCCCUAAAACUUAAACCUGUUUUGCUGCCCUUUCGUAGGUCUGCUUCAGCCUUAACUAUGCUACAUAACACCUAAACUGCUGCUGCUGCUACUAUUUGCUAUAAUCAAUUAUUCUUGCUCUUUAAAAAUGGUCCUCUCUCCAAGGCACAAGCAAGAAGCUUGUUGUGUCUUUUCCUGUAAUGAACCCAUGUUCCAUUUUCAUUGUCUGGGCACUUUAUAGAUACUACUACGCCUUUCUUGCACUUUACUUGCUUGUUCUCUGUUAAUGGAUUUUGGGGUGGUCAGUUUGGACAAUGGUGGGGGGUUAAUGUGUUCAGAGACAACUGGUUUUGCUUCUUCAAUUACACUUCCUACCACUGCAACUACUACUUCUGAUGCUGAGACUAAACAAAAGUGGUACGGAUCUGGAUUUCUCAAGCAGGAAAGGUCAGCAGGGACUACUACUGCUGCUGAAGAUGACUUGAGGGACUUAAAAGUUGCCAAGAUUAGCCCUGAUGAUUUCUCAGCUUCCAAAGCAAUGCUGUUUCAGCAGAGAACUCCUUUACUGAGAUCUAAUAAUAGUUGUAGUAACUUAUUCCCUGAAGGUUCAGGCCAGCAGCAGAUGCUUAGCUUCUCUUCUCCCAACCCUCAGAGUGUGACAUUACCUUAUUAUCACCACCCCUCUUCAGUUGUUUAUAGUAGAACUACAGGCUACGGCAGCGGAGGCUUGAAUGCUGGAAACAUGCACGGGGUACCAUCUGGGGUUAGGGGACCGUUCACACCAUCUCAGUGGAUGGAACUGGAACACCAAGCCUUGAUCUACAAGUACAUCAACGCGAAUAUGCCCAUACCUUCUUAUCUUCUCACCCCAAUUAGGAAAGCACUCGAUUCUGCUGGUUUCUCAAGCUUUGCAGGCCUAAGGCCCAGCGCUUUUGGUUGGGGUGCUUUCCAUAUAGGAUUCUCCAACAGUACUGACCCUGAACCAGGAAGGUGCCGAAGGACCGAUGGCAAGAAAUGGCGGUGCUCAAGAGAUGCAGUUGCUGACCAGAAGUACUGUGAGCGGCACAUGAACAGGGGCCGCCAUCGUUCAAGAAAGCCUGUGGAAGGCCAACCUGGCCAUUCUGUUGCAGGAACCACGAAUAAUGCUGCCAAAUUGACGCCAACUUCCUCUGCAUCUGCUGCAGUGGUUCCUGGAGGCAGUGCGUCCAACAGCUUAGGCCUCCUCCAGACUGGUGCCAAUGUUCAAUGUGCCGCAUCUCCCCAACUUGACAGGACCUUUCUGGAAAAGGAAAAUUUGGGUGGGAGAAUUCAAGAUACAACUGGUCUCUCCAUGAUAUCUCGACGUAUAAACUUGAAAGAUAACCAAUAUCCCCUUCCCAAACCGCAGAAUCCCUACCAACAAUCUUCCCGGGGAGAAUUUGGACUGGUCUGCUCUGACUCUCUGCUAAAUCCUUUGGACAGAAGCUCUUUUUUAGUGAACUGCAGUAACUAUGGUACUUCUGAAGAAGUCAAUGAUCACGAAAGCAAAUCACGCACUGGUCUUCGCCAGUUUAUGGAUGACUGGCCCAAUAACAGGACUGAACGUUCAUCUGUUGUUUCAUGGCCAGACAUUGAUCUGCACUCAGACAGGACUCAACUGUCCAUUUCCAUCUCGAUGGCUGCCUCAGACUUCAUGUCCUCUACAUCGUCUCCCACCAAUGAAAAAGUGGCAUCAUCCCCAUUGAGGUUAUCCCGGGAAGUUGAAGCUACGCAAAUGGGGUUGGGAGUAGGUGCCACUGUCAAUGAUCGUACCCACAGACAAGCAAACUGGAUUCCCAUCUCCUGGGAAUCAUCCAUGGGUGGACCUCUUGCUGAGGUGUUGCAUAGCACAAAUAACGGCACAAGCGAAAGCAAGAGUGCCUCAGCUCUUAACCUCAUGACCGAGGGUUGGGACGGCAGCCCGCAGUUAGCAUCAUCCCCUACCGGGGUUUUGCAGAAAGCCGCUUUCGUGUCUCGUUCUAACAGCAGCACUGGAAGCAGUCCGAGAGCUGAGGCUAGCAAGGCGCAUGAAGGAGGCAGCCUUUGCAGUGGCGGCGUACUUGGAUCAACUCUUGUGAAUCCAGCCUUGCCUGCACUGUAAUUGGGGUCAGACCGGGAUGAUCAAGUUUCAAGUGAAUUCUAGUAGUGAGUUUUCGAUAUGUGCUGACGAACGAACACUAAGAGCAAUUAGCUUUUCAUUUGGAAUUUUUUGUUAAUUUGUUGCUUUUCUUGUGUAACUCUAUCAUCUGUGAGACAUAAUCACUCGAUGUAGAACCUGACGAAUUAUCAUCAUAAAAAUAUGACUAUGCUUGAGUUAGUGAUAUAAUUGUGGAGCUGUUGGGGUGCGACAUGAAAUUUUGCUUUGGGUUAUAUCUUAUCCAUCCCUUCAUGUGCUCCUGUUGGGUGAGUGUUUUAAUCACCAUUUGCUUUUAGGUUGGUAGGAAGCAUGUUGGUUGGUGGGUUGAUAUAAUGGCUAGUGUACGGGUUGGAUGUGAUUGUGAAUGUGGGCUAUGAUUUUUAGCAGCCA